UGUACAUUGAUUGGUUGUUGAAUGUUGAGAAGUAGAUAGGGUGGGAGAUGAAGCAAGACGUGGUUUUCUCUCUGUACACAUAACAAUGCCUUGUUGCUGCCACGAAGACGACGCCGACAUUUUCAGACAUCUCAUCAAUUCCAGUUUCCCCUCCUCCGCCGCCGCCGCCGCCGCCACCUCCACCGUGAUCUCGCCCAUGAAUUCUCAUUUCUGGCCGCUCUCCUCCACCGACAUCCUCCGCAUCAUCUUCCACAACCUUCCCGUCCCCGAUCUCGCCCGCGCCAGCUGCGUCUGCCGCCUCUGGAACUCCGUCGCCUCCCACCGGGACAUGCUAACCGCAGCCUUCGCCGCCCCCUGGAAAUUGAAGGCCGUUCUCGGCGACCCUCUCUCUCGAAGCUUCUGGCGUGACAACUCCCUCGCCAAAUUCGCCAUCUCCCAUCGCAUUGCGCGCGGCGACACCGUUGCCAGCCUCGCCGUCAAGUACUCCGUUCAGGUAAUGGACAUAAAGCGUUUGAACAAUAUGAUGAGCGACCAUGGCAUAUACUCGAGGGAAAGGUUAUUGAUCCCUAUUAGUAAUCCUGAUAUUCUUUUUAAUAGAACAUGCUUUAUUGAGCUGGAUGCAUAUGCAAAACGAGAAGUAGCAGUGUUGUAUCCCGAUGAUGUACCGGACAGGAGGACUACCUAUGUAUCAAACAGGAUUUUUUCAGAAGAAAGCAACAAAAAGGUGGUUGAUUCCUUGAAGAGAAGCAUGCAGGUUGAUAAUGAAACUGCUCAAUACUACUGGUCUCUUGCAAAUGGAGAUCCACGAGCUGCAUUUGCUGAAUUUUCUGCAGACCUUAAGUGGGAUAGGCAAGCAGGCCAUUCCUAGUCUUUCUGAAGGUCGUUUGGCCGGCAAGUGGGUAACAAAUGAUUAAGAGGUUGGUUGGCAAGCAAAUGGAUAAUGAAUAAUUAAGAUGUGUUUCAGGGAAGUGUUUGCUUCCAUAGGUUUCCUCUUAAAUUAUCUGUUCAUUCUCCCCUAUUGAAUAUUGCCCCAGUUGUUAAUAGACCAUCAUGUUUGCUCUUCUCCAUCGGAGAUAUGAGACUAAAGUCAUACUGCUGUGUGAAAGGUUUCAGCCACUCAUGUGGUGAAGUGUGUUCAGAAUCUGUGUAACUUGUAAUUUAUUAUAAAUUUAUUUAUAAAAGAAGUUGAUGCUUUAUUUCAA